CAUUAAUAACCAGGUGCGGACUGCUAGGUGCCAAUUUUUUUCCUUGAUAUUCAUACAUUCGUAGUUCCAAGUUGUUUCACCAAACGGGUGGUUGUGUUAAUAAUGCGGCCGUAAAAUUAGUAUUGUGUUUGUUCACAAUUCCUCAGUUUGUAAUUUUAUUUCGUUUAUUGUGAUUUUUUACCGUUUUAUCUAUACUAUUCAAAUAUUUAUUGUUUUGUGAAUGGUUUUUCAACUGGAUGCUGUAUUCAAUAUUAAUAACAAAUUAUAUUUAACAUUGAUGUUGCGUGACGUUGUUUUCUGCAAAUUUCUAAAACAUAAAAGUGAGUAUCUAACAGACGAAUUUUUCUACAAGAUAUGUUUACUAUGGAUUACACAUAUUAAAUAGUACUCAUAAUCAAUGGUUUUACUAAACACCGUUUUUUAGAGAAAAGGAGUACAAGAUGAUUUUAGCAUUAAAAAAUUAAAAAAUGAUUCAUGUGACAUAAAUUCUAGAAGUGAUAUUGAUUAUUUAGUAGAUUCUAAUGGUAUGCCAUGGGAUGAUUAUGAUGAAGAGUUAAUAAGUAUAUACAAUAAUACUCAAAUCGAAUCCCAUGAAAAUAUUACUGAAUAUUAUGAAGAAAAACACUUGCAAGCUGGAUCAAGCAGUAUGUUUGAAAAAUGUUUUACCUCUACAAAUUGUGGAACUAAAGAUUAUGGAAGUAAUAUCAAAAGUAAUGUUGAUAAGCUUUGCUUUAUUUCUGAUGAAUUAACUACAGAAUCAUACAAGAAUAACAAUAGUUCAAUAGCUAUUAUGAGAAAAAAGAAAGAACAUAUAAUCAAAUAUGAUACGAGCUCAACAGAAGAUGACAGUGAUGAUGAAUAUAAAAAAAAUAAUUUAUGCAAUUUGUCAAAAAGUUUUAAACUUAUAGAUACUCCAAGAGCAGCAGCAGUAAAAGCUACAGCAGCUAUUGCUAAACAUAGUUUAAAAAAAAAACGAUUAAAAAAUACCUCAGAAGAUGAAAAUGAAAGAAGGCCUAAGAUAAUAAAAGAGUGUAAAGGAUCGGAUGAAGAAGAGACAGAACUGAUAGAUUAUGGCAUUGAAUUGCCUGAAAAUUUUGUUAGCAUAUUUAUGGAAGAUCAACAUUUAGUUGUUGAUGAUCGUUUUAUAGCAUAUUUACCAGCUAAACCAUCAGUCUAUGACAUACUAUGUGAUUAUGCCAAAAAAAAAACAGUUGACUUAGAUGUUUUGAAUAUAGUAUUAGAUGCUUUUAAUCAAGCUGUGGCAGUAUGGUGUCUACGUCGUAUUGAAAAACUACAAUAUCAAGAAAUGAUAGAAAAGUAUCCAGGUCGUCCUAUGUGUCACAUUUAUGGUUUACCACAUUUAGUUAGAUUUAUCACUUGUCUACCAAAGUUAUUCUGCAUGAUGGCAAAAGAGACACCUACAUUUACUGGGUUUGUUACUGAGUUUAUAAAAGGAUUUUUAGACUAUAUGGUUGAAGAAUGCUAUCAAAUAAACCUCCACAAAGACUAUAUAAAUGUUUUGCCCGAAUAUUAUAGAAUGACCUAUUGCCCUAUUCGCAUUAAACGUUAAAAUACCUUAAAAUCUGUUCCAAAAUUUGGGUACCUUAACUUUAUUUUAUUUAUUAUUUUUUAUUUUUAUACUUCAUAUUACAACAAUAUAUAUAUAUAUUUAUUUAUUGUAUAUACAUACAAUAUAACUUUAUGUAUAAAAAUGAAAUUAAACUAAAAUUAAAGAUCAAAUUGUAACUUUUAAAACAUAUUUGAUUAUUAUGAUAAAUGUUUCUAUUAAGAUUCAAAAAUAUUCAUAAUAUAAUAAACUUAAAAUUCUUAACUAACCAUGAUUACAGAUUUCUAUAAAUACUAAAUUUUAUUUUUACAAAAAUUGAAAAACAUUCAUAAAAUGGAUAAUUAUUUAAAUUUAUUUUGAAAUAAGCCCACAAUUGUGUGAAUCAUUAGUAGUUAAAUUUAUAAUAUUAUCAGAUUUUUGAUAAAAUUAUAAAAUUGAGGUAGUUAUUAGUAAAUUAAGAUAAUUAUUACAAUUUUUUUUUCAUAAACUAUUAACAUGAAUUAUUAACUGACUCAUUCUAAUUGAUACAUAUAAAAAUCAAUUAGAAUGAGACUUUUUUUUAAGUGGAUAAAAACUUAAAAAAAUAAGUGUUUUUCAUUUAUCUCUGCUAUUUAGUGUGUAAAAAUAAAUUUCUAGUAAUUUAUAAAUCAUUUAUUAAAAAUUAUUUCUUAUUAUUGGAUAGUGAAUUUUUAAAAUGUUUGUUUUAAAUAAUACUUAAUUAGAAGAAAAUAAAAAUAAAAUUUUAGCUAGUGUUGUGUUUUAAUAAAAUAUUUUAGAUUUAUAAAUUUUUAAAUUAAAGAUUAUAACUACAAUUAUAAUCUUUUAACUAUAAUUAUAAUAAGUCAUCCAUGUUAUAUUUAUUUAUCAUAUUUAUUCGGAGAAGGCUUAAUGGAGUAUGCUAUUUAUGAACUUGAUUUAAACAUUAUGUGAAAUAAAUAUUAAACGUUUGCUACACAUAUUAAAAUUACUUCAUUAUACAAAUUAAUUUAGUCAUACAUUUUGGAUUAAAUUUUAGUUUAUCUUUUCUUUAUUUAUCUGUAAAUUUAAAAGUUAUUUUCUAUUUCUUUAUUAAACAUAAUUAUUUUUUAAAUUGAACAUUCAACUUAAAUUUUAAAUAUUUAUUUCUUAACUGUAAAUUCUAUUUCAUCAAUUAAUUAGUUUAUUUUUAAAAGUAUAGUACAGUUAUUUAUUGUAUCUUCAACAUAUAAAAUCAUUGUGGAAUAAUUAUACACAUCAUUCAAUUAUGAAAAAUGAAUUAUUAUCCUUGAAUAUAAAUAAAUUAACUUAAUUAUUUUUCUUUUUUUAUAUUAUCUUUCAUGGUUUUAUUACUAAUUAAUUUAUGAAAGAAUAGUAAAUAUCUUAACUUACAAAAGUAAAAUAAUUAUUUUAUUUUUAUUUUCAACAACAGAUUUUAUAAAUAAAUAACUAAUAUAAAGUUAAAAGUAUAAUGUAUAAAUAUUAAAUUUAUCAUAAAUGUAAUAGUUUUUUUUUUAAUAAUGUUUAUUAGCAAAUUUAUUGGACUUAUCCUGGAUCAACACAUCAUGAUGGUUAAGAUGAAUGUAAUAUACCCAUACAUAAUGUUAAAUUUUUGAUAUUUAAACAAAUUAUGUUUAAUUAAAUUAAUGAUUAAAUUUACCUUAAUGGUAGAAGAAAUAUUAAU